AUGGCAAAGAGACAAUACGCUCCCCCACCUCAUCCUCCGCCAAAGCCUCCUCUAUUGAAACAUUCGACAGCCCUACCUUAUCCAAUCGACUUAGAGCAGCUCGCUAGCCAGGGCUGGACGAAUUUACCCAUUCAGAACGCCCCCUCUGAUCCUCUGUAUUCGGGAUUUUCGGAAUUGUUUGAAGCCUCUGCCAAAUUCUUUAAUCUCCCGGAAGCAGAAAGGCUGAAAUAUCGAACCAGACCAACUGGCGACGCACAAAUAUCAGAAGAAGGUUACUCACGCGUGGAAGGAGAGAAAUGUAUGAUCGCGCUGCGCAAGUCUUCUACCACACCGACCGAAUUCGAACUGAGAGAGAAAGCUGCUCGGGCUUGGGCGGUCAGUGCAGGCGUAAUGAAGGAUGUAAUCCGCGCGAUCGAAGAGGCUCUGGAUGUUAAGAACGGUGCGCUGGUUAGGGCGAUUGAGAAACAACUCGAGCUUCCUGGGGAAGGAGAGCAGAACGUCGCAACGUUGAUGAGGAUGUUCCGUUAUGACCGUCCAUUGCCUCCCUCAUCUGAACCGCCUGUGUCCUCAGAUUUGAAUACCGAAAACUCAACUACCGAUACAAAAACAUCGCUAUUGUCUGACACCAAGUCACAUUCAGGAUCUCGGGUUGUAGCCGAACCACACAAGGAUCUCGGAUUGCUCACUAUCGUCAUUGGCCAUUCCCCCGGACUAGAAUGCUGGGAUACGCGGCAGAACGGCUGGGUUUCGUGUGAAACUAGGGAAGGGCUGAAUGCGACAAUCCUAGCUGGCCAGAUGCUUGCGAAAUUCACGAACAUGCGUUUCGUUGCCGGUAGACAUCGAGUUUUCGUGCAUCCAGCUUCGAGUCAGGUUGCGGCUGCUCUGGAGCACGCACCUGAAGAUAAAGCAAUUUCGAAUUCCUCAUAUCGCUUUUCCCUAGUCCAUGCUCUCCGUGGACAUCUCCCACUGCUUGUCUCUUCUAACGACUUCGAGACAGCCAUCACUGGCGCUUUCCCAGUGCCCCUACAAUUCUUGAAUGUACCAAUACUGGAGAUAUACAAGGCAAUUUGCAAUGCACAUUGGAAUGUAAACAUCAGUGUGGAGGAGAGAAGGAAGCAAGAGCAGAGAUUGAAGGAGUUAGCUGAGAGGGCGAGGACUGGGUCUGCUGAUAAGCUAGAGUUCAAUCCUGCUCGGACCGAGGACAAACCGAAUAGGGGAAGUCACAGGUUGUCGAGAAUCUUUUCUGUCUUUCAACGUUCAUCUCAGCAGCCGACUUCAGUAAGCUAG